GUGGGUACUUGCAGGCCGCCCGACAUCUAUCCAUCCAUCCGUCCAUCCGUCCAUACCCGCUCCUCGCAGGGACCCCGGGGCCACCGCCCAGCGGCCCUGAUUCCCACUGGAUUCGCCCCCGCUCUCCGAACGAGAGAAAGACCAACCCCAAACAAAGACCGGCAGCCGGCGGGGCGGCGGGAGAAGGAGCCCUGGCAUUGGAGGGGCCGGGGGUGGGCGCUCGGGAGGCGGGGCGCGGCCGCAGGAAGUGCCGAUCUCGAUCUCGGGGCUGAGCGCGGCUGCGGUGCUGACCCGCCAACCCUGCAGCCCCCAGCCGGCCGGGUCCUGGCGGCCCUCGCUGCGGAGCCCGCAGCCGCACUUCGUACCGUCUGACCCUCUCUUGCCAGCAUCCGACCACACAGAGAGCUUUGUUGAGGAGUGGCCCCGCCUGGGUUCUGUUACCUGCCGGCUCAUCUCACCUGGAACUUGGCCCGACAGCCAUGGCCCAUUACAAGGUGGAGCAGGACGACUGGCUGACUGUCUACCUGAAGUAUUUGCUCUUCGUCUUUAACUUCUUCUUCUGGGUGGGGGGCGCCGCGGUCAUGGCCGUGGGCGUCUGGACCCUGGUGGAGAAGAGCGGCUACCUCAGCGUCCUGGCCUCCAGCACCUUCGCCGCCUCCGCCUACAUCCUCAUCUUCGCGGGCGCCCUCGUCAUGGUGACCGGCUUCCUGGGCUUCGGCGCCAUCAUCCGCGAGGACAGGGGCUGCCUCUCUGCGUAUUUCUGCCUGUUGCUGGUGAUCUUCCUCGUUGAGCUGGUAGCGGGCGUCCUGGCCCACGUGUACUACCAGAGGCUGAGCGACGAGCUGAAGCAACACUUAACCCGGACCCUGGCCGAGAACUACAGGCAGCCUGGCGCUGCGGAAAUCACAGCAUCUGUGGACCGUCUACAGCAGGAUUUCAAGUGCUGCGGGAGCAACAGCUCAGCCGACUGGCUUCAGAGCAGCUACAUCCUGUCUCCAGAGGCCGAGGGCCGCCGGGUGCCGGACAGCUGCUGCAAGACGGUGGUGGCACGCUGCGGCCAGCGGGCACACCCCUCCAACAUCUACAAGGUGGAGGGAGGGUGCAUCAGCAAGCUGGAGCAGUUCCUGGCUGACCACCUGCUGCUCAUGGGGGCCGUGGGCAUCGGGGUGGCCUGCCUGCAGCCAAGGUCACUCUCUUCCCCCAGAAAACAUGAAGGAAAAGGCCCUGGGGGCCACCUUGAACUUGUCAGGAGCAAAGACCUGGGAGGAGUGGGAGUGUGGGUGCAGAUCUGUGGCAUGAUACUCACCUGCAGCUUGCACCGGAGGCUCCAACUGCAUUUUUACUAAUGGCCGACUGCACCCUGCUCCGACUGCCCCUCACAAGUUCAGGGGCCCAAAGCCCACGGGCCAGGCCUGCGGGGUCAGCACCGGCUGGCCUGGAAGCUCCCAGCAACUCCCCCUUCUCUGCACCCAGCCCCUCCGGACCCACCCAGUGCCUGCGACCAUGGCCCCUGCGGCCCCCACCUGGCCAGGGACCCUCGGCCCCCGCCCUCCACUUCUGCCUGCUCACCACCAGAAUCCCGGGGCAAGAGAGCACAGCCCAAGCCUCACCAGGCCUAGGCUCCUAUGGACCCCGGGGGGCUGUGGUGAAAUCUGCUUUCCUCCCAACUCCUGAACCCUGAAUGGGGGCUGGCGACUUUGCCCCCACUGGGACGCCUGCACAUGAGCCUGUGAUCCCCCAAUGGGUGCGGAGCACCCCUCUCCCGGCCCUGCUGGAUAUGCUCCCUGAGAAAUGCAUCGAAUAGGCAGUUACAGUUGGCUCUGCCCCAAGAAGACCCCAGCCUUUGCCCUCCCCUCUUCCACUCCCUUCCCACCUGCACCAUCUCACCUGGAGAGAAGUCUCCCAUGGCCUGGUUCCUUCCUGCAGGGCAGGGUUGGGCAGUGGCGGGGUGGGGGGCAGGGGGUGAAGCCACCAGGGUGGGGAGCAGGUGCCUGCCUCCAGGCCCUCCCCAGGAGGGUCCCCUGGGAGCCCAUGACCCCAAGCCCCCAUCUCCAGCCAUAUGCCCUGAGGGGGUCUCCUCUCUGGCCUGAUGCUCAAAGAAAGCCAGCAUCAUCUGCCCUUCAUGUUGGUGGGAGUAAACUCCUUCCUGAUGAAACCAAACCAGAGACCCUGUGAAGGUGGAACCACUGAGAAGGUGCAGCUCUGAGCCGAGGGGUGCUCUGCCCCAAAACUCCUUUUCCUGAUCUGGUGCUCCUGGACCCCUCGGCCCCCAGCACUUGGCCUGCAGGGGCUCUGCUCUGCUUCCCAGAAUGGACAUGGUCCUUUCAUUAGGUUUUCUCUUGCAUCUCUGAAGCAGGGAGUUUUCAGAAAAGACUUUCCAAAAUGUGGACGGAGAACAGAAAGGAAAUCCUAGGAAACAGAGCACAGAUGCUGGCAGUUUUCCAGAGAACACGAAUCAACUCAUAAGAUCCCCCAGAGGGUCCCACGUGGGCACAGACCCCCAUGCCAGCUCCCAGGUCGCAGGUCCUGGAUCCCGCACUUCCUACUUCCCACCCUCAUGAUGCCGAGGUCAAGUUCAGAAGGGGCACACCUGGCCUCUGCUGUCUCUUGCUGACCUGGGCCCAUCCCAGGCGAAGGUGUUUUCUUUCCCCUUCGUGAGUCAGCGCUGUCCCCAUCACAGCCCCCAUUGUACCCAAACCACACACUCCCAGAGAGGGGUGACCCCCACACACAGAGGGCAGACCAGCCUCCUGCAACCGGUUGCCUCCUGCCCUGGGAUUCUCUGGGGCUGUCGGGAAGGGCCUGGGGUCCCUGAUGCUGGUUCACUCAAAGGGAGACCAGCUUUCCAGCAACCCCAGAUUCCCAAGGCCCCCCAAAAAUUGGUGCUGUGAUUAUCUUUGCUGCAUCCAACUUCCUGGAUUUGUGCAGAUAACCAAAAAUGACUGUUAAGUCCCAAGUUAUCUGCAGGGCUAGAUGUCAGCUGACGUCUUACAAAGUGAGGGCUGAAAGGGAGAUCACGUUCUUCCCUCUGAGGGGCCCGAGGGAGGCGGCAGUGGGCCGGGCAGUGCUGGCCGGCUGCACCUGUGCCCCUGCUGGGGUCCCUGCUGGCUUUAUCAAGGUCAGGGGGGCUCACGGAGGGGUGACGGGCAGGUGCCACCUGCACAACCUUGUCCUGGCGGAGGCCCCGAAGAGCCUAACUCUUCUGCCCCCACCCCUAUGGGCGGAGGCGGCCUGGCUGGGGCAGGAGAACUGUGAUUCUGCCCUGGGCACGGUCCCACCCAGAGGGUGGAGGUCCAUGUUGCAGAGAGAGAGGGAGAAAACGGCCCCAUGCUUUCUGAAACUGGGACCUCCCUGCUGGUGCCAGCAGCCCGGGAGAUGAGACAAUGUGAGAGGAAACGAGGCCCAGGAAACAGCAGUUUCUCAUGGAGCGCAAAGGGUUAGGAUGGGGAGGCUGGCCCACCCUGCCUGCAAGGACGCCGCUCUGUGCCCAGGACAGCCCCUCCCAGGUCCCUGCUGGGAGGUGUCCCAAUCCCGAGCUCCUUGGAGAGGGAGUAGGACACGAUGCUCACAGGUCAUCCAUCAGUGACCGGGGGCUGGCCAGAAAGCCAGGCUUGUGCAGAGGUCUGGACACAGCAGGCACGGGAGUCCACGCGGCCCUGGUCCUCACCCUGGACCAGGCUGCCCCACCUCCCUGGGCUCCCAGCGCCGCACCCAGGAGGGGCGGAAUGCUACACCCCAGGGACCUUCAUGCCCACAGCCAGUUUCCGGCUUGGACUCUACCACCUGGUUCGUCUUGGGGGGUUGAGGUAGAGGAAGUGAACUGAACCCAUUACUACCAUCACCGCCCAUCCCCCUGUCAGCCUUGUAAAGGUUCUCCGCCUGGUUUGCCACUUGAAGCCUGGACAGAAGGGGACGGGGGUUUCCACGGGCUAAGAAGGACACCUGUGUUUGUACCACCACUGGGUGGUGCCCGCGCCCCCGGGAGGGGGACACCGGUGAUGGAGUUGUCUAAGCCGGGUUCUCAGCAUUGGUUGGGAUCAGCCUGAGAGCUUCUGAACCAUUGCUGGGCCUCCCUGGGCUUCUCCUCAGUAGCGUCUGCAUCCUAACAAGGUCCCAGGUGACAGUGAUGCUACUGGCCCCGGGCCACACCUUGACAGCAACUGCCCUAGAACAAGCCACGAGGCAGGCCUCUGCCACCUCCCGUGUGUGUCAGAGCCCCCGGGGUUCAGAAGCACCCCCGGGUGCCAGGCCGAAUCCCACUGGAUUCACCGGAGCAUGGGAUAAAGCAUCUGACCCACUGUGUACCUGCCCAUCCGUGACCUUGGCAGGAAGACCAGGGGCCUGGGUCCUCUCCCCAGAAGGGACAAGUGAUGUCCCAGCCCCGUUUUCCCACCACCUCUGUGUGCCCACCACCUCUGUGUGCCCCACUCCACCCUCGCCCCCCAUCUUCUGUUUCCACACGCCCAGCCCUGUGCUCUGUUCACAGUCUCCCCUGUGGGCAUCCUCCCCGCCCUGCUCCCGCACCAGACACAGACCGCUAAGAGUCCCGGCAGCCCAGUGUCAGGAGGGCUCCUGGAUCCAGCUGCCCAUGGAUAUGGGUCAUCACAAUGUUCUGGAAACAGAAAAGUUGCCAUAAACGUCUGCACAUAGAGGAAUUGCCUCAGCAUAAACACGCCCCUCCUUAGCCUCUGCCUCCGUCCUGGGGGCACGCCAAUAAAGGAAUGGUAUCCAGG